AUGCCCGCCCUUCAAGAUAGCAAGCUCGCCUUCAUUGGCGGCGGCAACAUGGCCUCGGCGAUCAUCGGCGGCCUCGCCAGCCGCGGCGUCAACAAACAGAACAUCUACGUGUCGGAGCCGUGGGACGUUAACCGCGAGAAGAUGGCCGCGCUCGGCGUGCGCACCACCACGUCGAAUAUCGAGGCGGGCGGCAAUGCCGAUCUGGUGAUUCUCGCCGUCAAGCCGCAGGUCACCAAGGGCGUUUGUGAGGAGCUCGGCGCGGCGUGGUCGCAGCGCGCGACGUUGCCCGUUGUUGUUAGCAUUGCGGCGGGUAUUACUCUUGGAAGCUUGAAGGAGUGGCUGCGGACGGGUGAUGGCCGGUCCGCGCAUAUUGUUCGUGUUAUGCCGAAUACACCUGCGCUCGUUGGCGAGGGCGCGUCGGGUGUGUUUGCGGGCGAGGAUGUUACGGCCGAGGACAAGGAGCUUGUUAAUGCGCUGCUUAGCAGUGUUAGCAAGGCGACUGAGUGGGUUGACAAAGAAGAUCUGCUGGAUGUUGUUACAGGGUUGUCUGGUGAGUUUGCGGCCUCGAGUUUUAUGGUCUCGGCUAUGAAGAGAUCACUAACCAAAACCCUUCCAGGAUCUGGUCCCGCAUACUUCUUCGCCAUGGUCGAGCAUCUGGUCGCCAGCGCCACUGCUUUGGGAUUGCCCGCCGAGCAGGCCACUCGAUUGGCGACACAAACCUGCCAGGGUGCUGGCCGGAUGCUGGUUGAAUCGUCCGAUAGCCCGGGUCAGCUGCGCAAGAACGUGACCAGCCCCAACGGAACCACGCAUGCCGCUCUUCAAACAUUCGAGUCGCUCGGCUUUCAAGAAACCGUGAACAAGGCCGUGCAGGCGGCAACAGCCCGAGCCGCGGAGCUCGGCAACACCCUUGGAAAGUCAUGA